AUGAACAAAACAGGUCCGACUUUUUCGUUCAGUAUCGGUUCAGUCCACGAUGGCUGCAAUCUCCAGUGUCGCCUCUACCUCCCUGGUUGGGUCAGGAAUAUAGAAUCGGCACCAGCUUGGUCAGUCCGCGGUGCCAUUCUGGCCCAUCCCUAUACAGCACUCGGUGGGACCUACGACGACGAGGUGAUCAGUUUCCUCGGCGGUGAACUUCUACAUGAAGGCUACAUCGUGGGCACAUUCAACUUUCGCGGCUCGGCACCAUCUGAGGGCCGAUCCAGCUGGACUGGACGACCCGAACUCGGAGACUAUGCAGCAUUCUACGGUUUCAUGCUCCAAUACUUGCAUCGAGUCAACGAUGGGCUACAGAAAAUUCUCAGCGACCCGGAACACCUGCCUUCACCCGUAGCAUCCGCAGACCGGAAUGUCCAUCUCAUUCUUGGGGGAUAUUCCUUCGGAUCACUGAUCGCAUCGCAUGCCCCAACCCUUGAUGUCAUGAUAGACCUAUUCCGCCCCGGCACAGCAACUCCGGGCACACCGAUCUACGAGAUUGGGCGCAAAGCAAGGAAGAUCGCAGCGACAACGAUCCGGGACCUAGCGCCAGCAAAUCCGGAGUCACAGUCAUACCCCGAGCAGCCCGACCGGAUCGAGCUCAGUGCGGAGACGAGUAUUUCCUAUCUGCUCGUGUCACCUCUACGACCACCAGUGAGCAAUCUCCUGACUGGGUUUCGAGGCCUAUCGCUGAACGUGGGGGGAACGUCAGCUCCUCAGGCCCGACCCGCUGGGCGUCCAGCCGACCAGCUGAGUGCUCACCGGACACUGGCGCUAUAUGGGGAUCGGGAUGAGUUCACCUCCGUGCGUAAACUGCAGAACUGGUCAGCCGAGUUGGGCCGCGUCCCGCAGAGUCGUUUCCAAAGCGGCUUGAUCGAGGGAGCGGGGCAUUUUUGGCGAGAGCCAGGCGUCGAGUUGAAAGCGAGACGUGUUCUCCGUGAAUGGCUUCGGCCGAGUCUUUGA